CGCCUCUUAAAGCUAGCGGGACCUCUCCACGCGGCCUCAGAGCGCGCCCGCGGUGCGGCUCCUUUAAAGGCCGUGGUGACACGUGUGUGAGGCUCUGGAGGCCCGGAUGGUGUGCGUGCGGGCCUGGCCCGGAGCGGACGCUCUCGCUGCGCCGGCCUUCCGCGGGCCCCUGAGAGGCCUGUGAGGCGGAGGUUGAGCCCGGCGGAGAGCAGGUGCGUCCGCGCGGCUAGGGACGAGGGCGGGCGGGAGGUGCGCGCCGUACCCGCGGGUCUUGGGGACUCCGGCGAAGGCUGACAGGUGCUGGCACCCAUUCUGGACUCUACACUUGGCAGUGUUGGUGACUGAGCAGGCUGAAGUCCAGGAAGGCACCUGCUGGGUCAGCUCCGUCCCUCCCUUGAGAGCCUGAUUCCCUGCUGCAGAGAAAAGCAGCAGCCGGCACAGACACCCCAGGAAUGCACCAUGCCAAUAGUAGAUAAGCUGAAGGAGGCUCUUAAGCCUGGCCGCAAGGACUCAGCAGAGGAUGGGGACCUGGGCAAGCUGCUGGCCGCCUCUGCCAAGAAGGUCCUUUUGCAGAGGAUUGAGUUUGAACCUGCCACCAAGAGCUUCUCCUACCAGCUAGAGUCCUUGAAGAGCAAGUAUGUGCUGCUGAACUCCAGGGCCGACGGAGCGAGUCGCCACAAGAGUGGAGAUGAGCUACAGCCCAGGAAACAAGGCACCGAGCGUGUGUCUGGAAGUGGAGGCGACGGAGUCCCUGCCCCACAGAAAGUGCUCUUCCCUAUGGAGAGACUGUCGCUGAGGUGGGAGCGCGUUUUCCGCGUUGGCGCAGGGCUGCACAACCUGGGUAACACCUGCUUCCUGAACUCCACCAUUCAGUGCUUGACCUACACGCCGCCUCUGGCCAACUACCUGCUCUCCAAAGAGCACGCACGGAGCUGUCACCAAGGAAGCUUCUGCAUGCUGUGUGUCAUGCAGAACCACAUGGUCCAGGCCUUUGCCAACAGCGGCAAUGCCAUCAAGCCCGUUUCCUUCAUCAGAGACCUGAAAAAGAUCGCCCGGCACUUCCGCUUCGGGAACCAAGAGGACGCACACGAAUUCCUGCGGUACACCAUCGAUGCCAUGCAGAAGGCCUGCUUGAACGGCUAUGCUAAGUUGGAUCGGCAGACGCAGGCUACUACCCUGGUGCAUCAGAUCUUUGGAGGGUAUCUCAGGUCCCGAGUGAAAUGCUCUGUGUGCAAGAGCGUCUCAGACACAUACGAUCCCUACUUGGACAUAGCGCUGGAGAUUCGGCAAGCUGCAAAUAUUGUGCGUGCUCUGGAACUUUUCGUGAAACCAGAUGUGCUGAGUGGAGAGAACGCCUAUAUGUGUGCUAAGUGUAAGAAGAAGGUUCCAGCCAGCAAGCGCUUCACCAUCCAUAGAACAUCCAAUGUCCUAACUCUGUCCCUCAAGCGCUUUGCCAAUUUCAGUGGGGGGAAGAUCACCAAGGAUGUUGGCUAUCCCGAGUUCCUGAACAUCCGCCCAUACAUGUCGCAGAGCAGUGGUGACCCUGUCAUGUAUGGGCUCUAUGCUGUCCUGGUGCACUCAGGCUACAGCUGCCACGCUGGGCACUACUACUGCUAUGUGAAGGCUAGCAAUGGACAGUGGUACCAGAUGAAUGACUCCUUGGUCCAUUCCAGCAAUGUCAAGGUGGUUCUGAACCAGCAGGCCUACGUGCUCUUCUACCUGCGAAUUCCAGGCUCUAAGAAAAGUCCUGAGGGCCCUGUCUCCAGGGUGGGCUCCACUCUUCCCAGUCGUCCCAGUAUCAUUCCAGAUCACCCCAAGAAGAGCCCUGGCAAUGGGGUCGUUUCUUCCCCACUGAUGGCAAAGCGACAAGACUCUGUGAUGAUGAAAAAGCCACAGGCCCCUGAGGAGGUUGGUGUGCCUGUAUCCAGGAAUGGCUCCCUCCCAGCCCUGAAGUUACAGAAUGGAUGUGUUCCUGCAAAGACAUCUGCUGGGUCUCCUUCCCCAAGACUCACCCCUACACCCACACACAUGCCUACAAUUCUGGAUGAGCCUGGAAAGAAGGUGAAGAAGUCAGCUCCCCCACAGUCUCUCACCGCAUCCCCCACUACUUCUCACGGCUCUCCUGGGACCAGCGAAUCCAGGAGUCAGCGACCUGGGUCCUGGGCAAGCAGGGACACCAUCUUCUCUACCUCCCCAAAGUUCCUGGUCAAAGCCUUUGCUAACGGGCAUAGGCUGAAGGGGGAAGGCAGUGAUGUGGACCUGGAGAAGGGGGCUUCGAGCGGCUCAAGCCCUGAGCACUCUGCCAGCAGUGACCCUGCCAAGGCUCCGCAGACCGCAGAGGGCAGAGCUACGCAUUUCUGUGAUUCUCAGGGAACAGACUGUCCCACCACUGGCCAUUCCAAAGCACUGCUGAAUGGAGCAGAUCCCAAGAUAGUGAAGCUGAAGUCCCCUGCCCUGAGCAGCACCGCCUCUGAGCCCACAAGCCUCAUGUCUCCUCCACCAGCCAAAAAACUGGCCCUGUCGGCCAAGAAGGCCAGCACCCUGCGGAGGGCGACCGGCAAUGACAUCCGUUCACCUCCCCCCUCAGCAUUCUCCGACCUCACCUACCCCAUGAAAGCCACCCACCCCGUCGUUGCCUCCUCUGGGCCUGUCAGUAAAACCAGGGCUGUUGCACCUGCUCCCCGACCAUCUACCCUCCCGAAGCAUUCCAUCCACCCCCACUCUGCAUCACUGUCCAGUAGUAGCGCCAAGCCCUUAGGGACAUCAGAGCCACAGAGCUGCCGCUCCUCUGCCUGGAUGCCCCUGCCUCAGGUCAACGGGCACUUCAAGUCCCACUUACACCAGCUGCCAGAGGCCAGCGAGGCCCCGCACAGCCCCUCCAGAAAGAGGAAAAAGACCCCUAAUGGAGAUCCCCAGAGACUGGGUAUAGACACACAUCUCCCACAGUGCCUCGGGGGAGCACCUGCAGCAGUACGCAAGAAGAGGAAGAAGAAGAAGUGCGUGGAGGAUAUGGCUACCACGGCUCCCCAGCAGAAAGGCCAGUCUCAGGACCAGAAGGAAGAGGGUACACAGCCCCAGGUAAAUGACCAUCAAGUGAGUCACAUCCUGGACAGUCACCAUGUAAGCAGCAGGAAAAGGAGGAAGAGGAAGAGAUCAGAGAGACUUAGCCAGGAAGCCAUCCUCUCCCAGAGUCUUCUACAGCAUGGCUGCUGCCCUGCAGACGACUGUGAGCCUGAGGCCAGGACAGAGUUGCAGAGGAAGAAGAAGAGGAGAAAAAGGACACAUGCCUCACAGCAGGAAGAGGAAGAAAGCCAGCACCCAGAAGGCCAGAGGAGCCCGAGGCCCAGUGUCACCCCAGUCCCUGAGUUGAGCGUGAAUGGCCAUCUUUGUAGUGACCGCCUGGUAUGUCCUCUGAUUACAGGACUGGGACAAGCACCUCUUGUUGGCUGGAACAGAGAUCAAGAGCCCGAUGUGGUCCAGGUGUUGCUCCAGGACUCAUCUGAUAAGGCUUAUGGGAAAAAAGUUCUGACCUGGGAUGGUGAGCCUUCAGCAGUCAGUCAGGAUGCCAUCAAAGACAGCAGGUUGGCCCGGACCCAGACCGUGCUUGAUGACUGGGAUGAGGAGUUUGAUCGAGGAAAGGAAAAGAAAAUUAAAAAGUUGAAGAGAGAAAAGAAGAGAAACUUCAAUGCCUUCCAGAAGCUUCAGAGCAGACGGAACUUUUGGUCUGUGACUCACCCGGCUAAGGUCGCCAGUCUCAGCUAUCGCCGCUGAGCUCGCUGUGCUUGUUAGAGGAAGACCAGUGCACCUGUGCCACUUCAUCCCAAAGCUGUCACAUCACAUCCUGGGAACUGUCCACUUGAUUUGGAGGAGGGGCCUUGUGCAGACUCCACUGCACUGUGAGCCUGCCAUGGUGGAGGCUCCUGGUGCCACUGUUCACAGAUGAUCUAACGUAGAAGCCCUGGGGCUUUAGCUCAGGGCCUCUGGUGGCAUUCAUAACGAACCUCGCAAGAGAAAGACUUGCCUGUGGUGUCAUGCCGACAGUAAUGCAGGAGACAUCUGCAAAGGCUGAGCAUCCUUAUAGACCCUGGGGUCUAGGUAGGAAACCCCUCUGUUCCUGGUCUGGGGUUGUCAGAGACAAGACUGGGGCCAGCAUCUCCCAGCAUGUCCUUCACUCAGGAUGGCGGCAUGUUAGUGCCUCUUCUGGUGAGCCCUCCUUUACUCUCCUGCUGGAGCUGUAUUGUGGCCCUAUCCUCAAAAGGGCCUCUGUAUGACUGACUGUCAGCUGCAGAACCCCUGGUGACUGCACUGCCCCCCACCCCCAAGUGCAUCUCCUCGAAAGGCCGAAAGGCCUCCGUACCUUCUAGAAAUCAGCAGCUUCUAGGCAAAGGAGAGCCUUGAACUACGUGCCAGCGCCUCUGCUUCUAAGGCUGCUAUCCCUGCCGAGGUAACUUUGACGAGCUUCUCCUGCAUCUGCACUAACCUACGGGUCUCUGUCAAGGUGGUGGUCUUUAGAGAUGAAUUCUCCGUUAUUUUACUACUUAUGAUAAAGCAUUUAUUUUUGACCAGGCCUGUGGCUUCCUGUAGCAAUAUGUUCCCUGAUAUGCAAAUACUGGCUUCAUUUGCUCAAUUUUGUGAGUGCUUUGAAAUUGAGAAGAUUGUAUGACUCAAAAAGAGUCCUUUUCUGUCUUGCUCAAGCUGUCCCUGCAGACUUUGGUUUAACAAGACUCCCUAGUGAGGGCCAUAUUUCCAAGGGAAGACAGUACCCAGGAAAUGGGAGUUUCCAGAAGGUUCUUGCUCAUGUGGCACGUCUCUUUCCCGAAGUCCUAGGCUGCUCUGGACUGGCCUCCUCAGUCUGGGCCUCUUGGGAGGGGUGGGGGCUGCCUUGUCAACUCCACGUGUAGCGUUUUAUCCAGCUGCCCAGUCAGGGCCUUGGUGUUGCGAUGUGGAAGAGGCUGUGUUCUCUGUGUGAGGAGGUCAGGUCUUGUUUCCAUGUGGGUGUUUCCCUCCUGUUUGUGUCCCUCCCUUUAUUUCCAAAGGGGGGGAGCAGCAGUUCCAUGAUGGGUCUGCUGGCUGAGUCUUCCAGCCGAAUGUAAUUAGUCUUGUGUGGACUGAGUUCUGGACACCGUGUCCAGGAAGGGUGAGGACUCCAUGCGUUGUCUUGGAGGGAGGCAGCCACCUUCAUGGGCAGGAAUUGUCAUUUGUUCCUGUAUCAGUUGCUUCUAGGCCACAUUUGUUUUUUCCUAUGACAUUCUCUAGUUGAGUGUCAUAGAAGCUGCCAGCACAGAAUUGAUCUGUCUCCUGUGUUUUCCUCUACAUUGGUUCCUUCCUUUGUCUGCUAGAUUAUCCGUUGUAAAAUCUCUUCCAGGGGGUGUAACCCACUGCCUCUUGGAUAGUCAUGAUCCCCCAACUGACAUCCUAACCUCUGGCAGCAUAUGUCACAUCAGUGAAGGCAAGUCCUUUCCUUCCUUAGAAGCCAUUAGAAACAGGCUCGGGACACAAUGGUCCUGGAAAAAUCAUCAAGAGUUCUAGGCGACAUAUCCUGACAUAAGUAACUGAGGCUUUUCUAAAAGUAGCCAUUUUGUUGGAUCAAAUCAUAUCAGUUUGAACCUUGUGUCUGGCAGUUGAUAUGGUUUGGGCCCAUGUGCAGAGGGCUGUCUCCCUGGUGUUUCUGUUCUUGCUCACCAGCCUGUUUGGGGGCUGUUCUUACCCUACAUCCUUGUGUGGCUGCGUCUGUAUGUGUACAGGUAUCCCCACACUCUCCACUCUCUCUCUCAAGAGCUCCCAGAUAUUGCCAAGAUCUUGGUGCAAUAAAGUAAUGCAUUUUUGUGAGUUC